ACUCCUCGGGCUAGCUGAGCGUCUUCGCGUCUGCUGGGCCUCUCCUGCCGCUUGGUCCCGACACAGACCGAGGCUGGAGCGGAGAGCGGCCGCGGUGAGCCUCCCGUCCACCCCACGCACGGACCCCACUGCCCGCUGUCCGGACCAGAGCGCCGCCCGCCCUCCGCCGCCCCUGGACACCGGCUAGAGGCCCGACCGGCACCAUGCAGACCGGACCGCUGGCCCUGCUGCUGGCCGCCACCUCCGCCACCCUCACCUGGGCAGGCCCGGUGGACCUUUCCACGUGCGACCUGGAACCACUCACGGCGAAGGACGGCGUCAACGUGUUCUACACCACCAGCCGGGCGGCCAGAGGCUGCAGAGGUCGUGGCCCCACGGACCCCGGCCUGGACGUCCAUGUCCUCUUCCUGAGGUACAGCGCCCAGCAGGAGAUCUUCAACCCCCAGUUCAACGUGAGCGUCUCGGCGGCGGAACCGAACCGGCGGUCUGUGUUUGUGGUGAACGCCAACGUGUUAUCCUUCCUGAGCGUGAACACAGAGGACCCCCAAGUUACCUUCGUUGCUGCGACGGCCAACGUCAUGCUGCAACGGCCGGGUGUGGAGACCCCGCAAGCGAACCUGACAUCUUCCUCCAGUGAGGAGCUGCUCACUUGGGCGAAGGCGGCCUACGGGGGGGUCUCCUCCUUUGCGGAGCUGGAAGACCCCCUGAAGAUCCACUUCCGGCUGGGUCAAGAUCCCGGUUCCAGCGUGGAUUGUGUCCCCGAGAAGCGCUUCAGCACCGAGCCCUACCUCGAGGUGGAAGCGGCCUUUGCCAACAUCCAGGGAUGUCCGUCCUCCGGCCAGAACACAGAGAAGGAAGCCCACGUCCUGUGGCUCCAGGAGGAUGCGCUGGGUGCCAGCCACGAGGUCGACCUGGACAUCCAACUGAAAUGCAAGGAGGGAGAACCGGAGAACCUGCUGCCGAUCCUCUUGGUGCUGAAGAGCCACCGGGGCCUGACGUGGCACAUCGGACCCGUGUUCAGUUCCUUCAAAUUUAUGGUCUCGAGCAACUACUACUUGAAGAACUUUGGCGCCAGUCGACUGCCGGGCGAAGACUUGCCGGACAGCAAGGAGGGCCUGAUCGCAGCCGCCCGCAGCAAGGAGUUCGCCUUUGUGGCUUCGUACAUGGAGAUCCCGUCCGCCACGAGCAUCACGCUGGAGCUGGACCGGCUGUGCGAGAAACCGCCCACGCCAGCGACCGAGCCGCCCCAAGAGACGGGCCUCACUUUGACUGAAUUCAUGAGGGUCAACAUCACGCACUGGAAGCCCUGGAGAUGCCUGGACAGCGGCGUCCAGAUUGCCUUGGCCAAGGACUACUUGCAUGGCCUUCUCCUGAACGCCAUCAAAGUCACCGAUGUCUCCUUACAAGACCGCAGCUGCCGGGCGGUGGACAACGGCACCCAUUUCGUCCUGAAAAGCCAGCUGAGAGAGUGCGGCACCUCUUUGGAGAGGGACGUCGUUGUCAGGAACCAGCUGACCUUCAAUCUUGACUUACUUCCAGAAGUAAUGGUGCCGUUCGAAUGUCACCUCCCCGAGAAGGUCUUUCUCCAGCUUUACGGGGCGCCAGACUAUGAAUCGGGUCCCCCCACUUCCGUGAUAGAAGUCAACCAAGCCGCCUAUGUCCUGGCCCGAUUCCGCACGAGUGACCCACUGGCCCUUCUGGAGAUCAAGGACUGUUCCCUCGAGAUGCCCAACGAGGCCUCCUCGCGGCUGCUGAUCUCCGGCGAUAACGCCCUGAGCGCCAACACCAAGGCUCUGGACUCCUUCAGCUCGACCGUCCGCCGCUUCAGUUUCGCCUUCAAGACCGGGCAGGAGUCGUGGGGGGCGUCUCCGGCGACCAUCGUUUGCCGCGUCCAGCUCUACAGCCAGCUCCAUGGAUUCCGUUCCGACGAAGUCUCUCUGGAGGUGACGCUCAUCCAGCCCAACGCGCCGCCCGACAGCCUGGGCGUGGGCACGCUGCUGGGCAUCACCUUCGGGGCCUUCUUGAUUGGCGUGCUCCUGACCGCGGCCUUGUGGUACAUCUACAUGCAGACCCGCCCGUCGGCGGGCAAGAUGGAGCCGGUCCCGGCCAACCCGCCGGCGUCGGAGAGCAGCACCACCAACCACAGCAUCGGCAGCACCCAGAGCACCCCGCGCUCCACCAGCAGCAUGGCGUAGCAGAACCCCACGUGGAAGCCACGCGUGACGAUAUAGAUAUAUAUAUAUUGCGGGGACCAAACCCAAAGUGAAGGCAGCUUUUUUCAAAAUCAAAAAAUUCCUCCGUUCUUCGCAUAAUGGUCGCACCUUUUUUGCGCCCUUCCCAAAAUUGAUGAGAACCAAAGGCACAUUCGUCACGUUCUUCUCGUAAUGGUCGCACCUUUUUUGUCACUCCACUUCCCACCACAAAGUUGAGAUUAGGAGAAUCAAAGACACAUUUUUUUCUUCUCGUAAUGGUCGCACCUUUUUUUGUGCCUCUCUAAAAUUGAGAUUAGGAGAAUCAAAGGCACAUUUUUUUCUUCUCGUAAUGGUCGCACCUUUUUUUGUGCCUCUCUAAAAUUGAGAUUAGGAGAAUCAAAGGCACAUUUUUUUCUUCUCGUAAUGGUCGCACCUUUUUUUUUUGCGCCUCCCUAAAAUUGAGAUUAGGAGAACCAAAGGCACAUUUUUCUUCUCGUAAUGGUCGCACCUUUUUUGUCACUCCUCUCCCCACCACAAAAUUGAGAUUAGGAGAAUCAAAGGCACAUUUUUCUUCUCGUAAUGGUCGCACCUUUUUUGUCACUCCUCUCCCCACCACAAAACUGAGAUUAGGAGAAUCAAAGGCACAUUUUUCUUCUCGUAAUGGUCGCACCUUUUUUUUUUGCACCUCCCUAAAAUUGAGAUUAGGAGAAUCAAAGGCACAUUUUUCUUCUCGUAAUGGUCGCACCUUUUUUGUCACUCCUCUCCCCACCACAAAAUUGAGAUUAGGAGAAUCAAAGAUACAUUUUUUCUUCUCGUAAUGGUUGCACUUUUUUUUUUUUGCGCCUCCCUAAAAUUGAGAUUAGGAGAAUCAAAGUGUGAUGAUAUAUUGUUGAUAAUGACCUUUGGCCUGGUCACAGGGUGGGAUUCAGGCAAACCGUCCAGACACGCGUGACAAUGUGCCUCGUACCGUAUUUCAUCACAUAAUGGUCGCACCCCCUUUUCACUCCCAACCAUUGCCUUCCAGCCUUUGCAUCGUGUCAUAGUUGCACAUAUACCACGUGUGGGCCAACUUGGGUCUUCCUUCCAAGCGUUUUGGACUCCAACUCCCAGCAUUCCUAGCAGCCUCGGGCCUUUAGCCUCCACCCCAAAACCACUACAAAUCGCACCCCGUUUGCUGCUAUUCCUGGGCCGAUUCCGGCCCCGCGUGUGUUUUCAGGGCAUGGGUUCGAACGCCGCUCGCUCUUCACGGCUCUAACCACAUCGUGGCCGAGACGAGCACGGCGUUCUGUUCUGACGUACCUAUUACUGUACUUAUAUAUAAAUAGUGAUGCAUAUAGAAUAUAUAUUUGUACUGGUGUAUACAGGAGAUUAAAUCCAGUGGGCUGGGGUUCCAGUCCUCUCUGAGUCUAAUAGGCAAACUUUCGUAGCUGCAAAGUCAAUCAGUGAGGGUAUCGGCAUAGAUGUGGCCUGGCAGUUGUUGCCUGGAGGCACCCUCUGUUUGGGAAGUGUGAACUGGCACUUGGUUGUUUACCAUCUGGAGUUUUCUUUAUUUACUUCCUUGGUUCUGGGGCUGUUUAAUCUCUAUGCCGAUACCCUCGCCGAUUGGCUUUGCAGCCGUUCUGUCAACCGAACCUCUGCAGAUGCCGUUAGGCACAGAUGCAGGCGAAACGUCAGGAGGGAGUGCUGCUGGGGCACGGCCACAUUCCCAGCAGCCCAAUGGGGAAUUUUUUUUCAUAAUACCACUUUUGCAAGAUGGACCUUACAACGGCUUGGAGAUACUUCCAUGUCAAGGAGUCAAACGUAUAUUAUGAACUGUACAUAUUAUUAUUUUGUACCGAACCAAACUGUGUAACCUCGGAAAUUCUGUAUAAAAUAAACAUGUCGUGUCGGA